AUGGCAACGGCGAACAGAACCUACAGUGACGCGAUUGAUGCUCUCAACUCACUGCAAACACCUUACGCGGUAAUUGAAGAGCGCCGCAAACUGGGCAUAAAACCCGAUGUGUCGUCUAUUUUUGAGAUGAGGGCGUAUCUCGCCCGGAUAGGAUACACGGCAUAUCGUCUCAACAUAGUCCAUGUAGCAGGGACAAAAGGCAAAGGUAGCACUUGCGCCUUUGUUGAAUCCAUUCUCUCCCAAUACCGACGCAGCAAGUCCACGCCCAGAAGGACCGGGCUCUUCAUCUCCCCCCAUCUCAUUGCCGUCCGGGAACGCAUCAGGAUAAACUCGGCGCCCAUAUCGGAAGAACUCUUCACCAAGUACUUUUUCCAGGUAUGGGAUCGCCUGGGCGAGUCCAACGCAUGCCCCGAUGGCCCGGCUCCCGGCUCCCGACCCCAGUACGCCCGGUACCUCACACUCAUGAGCUGGCAUGCCUUCUUGCAAGAAGGCGUCGACUGUGCGGUAUACGAGACGGGCAUAGGAGGAGAGUUCGACGCUACAAAUAUUGUCGAGCGGCCCGUUGCUUCGGGAAUCAGCACCCUCGGCAUCGACCAUGUUUUUGUGCUGGGGGAUACCGUGGACAAGAUUGCCUGGCACAAGGCGGGAAUCAUGAAGAUGGGCAGUCCGGCUUUCACGGUUGAGCAGGACCCCUCUGCCGCAAGAGUCUUGCAGGCCCGAGCCAAGGAGAAGAGCGUGGACCUGAAGGUGCUGAGCGUGGAUGAGAGGCUGGCUGGAGUCAAGAUUCGACCCGAUGCCUUGUUUCAGAAGAAGAACGCUACUCUGGCAAUUGCUCUGGCAGAAUCAGCAUUGCGGAAGCUGCAUGUCCAUGUCGGGGACACCAAGACGUCCUUGCCCAAGGAAUUCGCCAAUGGCUUGCAAGAGACGGUAUUCCGCGGCCGGUGCGAAGUAAAAGACGAAGAAAGCGUAACAUGGUUCGUCGACGGCGCCCACACAGCUGACAGUUUGAAAAUGUCGGCCAAAUGGUUCUCCGACGAAACUUCAAACAGGCAAGUUUCCUUUGGUGCGCGCAUCCCCGGCCCGCGCGUCAUGAUAUUCAACCAGCAAGGGCGCACUGAAGCAGUCGACUUCCUCACGCCGCUUCAAAAGGCAACAUCACGUGGUUCCCUCCCGUCCUUUGACUACGUGGUCUUCUGCACAAACGUGACGUACGCCAAAACGGGUUACAAGCGGGACUUUGUUAACCGCGGCGUCGACUUCAAGGAGAUUGAGGCGCUGUCUGUGCAGAAACGCUUUGCGGAGAAGUGGAGCGAGAUUGACCCAGGUGCCAAGGUUGUUGUGAUGCCUACCAUUGAGGAGGCGUUGGAUUAUGCGAGACGCGUGGGUGAAGGUGAAGGGACCAAGGCGGUGGCGUACGUUACGGGGAGUUUGCAUCUGGUAGGCGGUGCGUUGGGAAUGUUGGACAAGGCUGACGCCUUGUGA